AUGCCUAGCAACACCAGGAAGCGACGCACCGGCUGCGAGCAGUGCAAGCGGCGCAAGGUUCGCUGUGAUGAGAAACAGCCCCGUUGCUCGCGGUGUGAUUCCCGUGGGGAGACCUGCACAGGUAAUUUCAGCUGGGACUCGUGGCAGAUCGAGCGCCCAUGGCUUUGGGCCGAAGGCUCGCAUGCACCCUCCCAGCUGCUGGAAAACGAUGUGCUCCGGCACUGGUACGACAGUGCCUCUCUGAACAUGGCUAUCUUCCACCCACCAAUCAACCCCCUUUCAUACCAGAUCUCAGCCUGGCUCCGGCACUCCAAGGCCCUGCGGCAUACCUUUGAGAGCGUUGCCGAGGCUCAUCGUCACUACUUUGUCCGUGAUCGCCUUUCCCAGGCCAUAUGCAUCAGGGGCCUCGCCAUCUCCUCACUCCAGGGAGAAGUCUGCCGCCUACAGUACCCAUGCCCAACAACAAAAGCACCGACAAUUUUGAGAACUGCCAUUCUGUCUUCAUUGGUGCUCUCCAUUUCCUCCGGUUGGCUCGACUCCACCGGCAAAGAUGCCGGAUUGGAGUUUUUGCGUGGCGCUCAAGGUCUGAUUGCAACUCUCGCCGAGUCAAGACCAGAAGACCCUUUUGCCUUCUAUCUCUUUGGUCUGUUCAUCUACAGCUGCGCUUUUUGUUCCUUCCUAGCCCCAGUUGAUAAUCAGAUAUCGAUUCCUCAAACUGUGGUUGAUUUGAUGCAUUCUGAACCGUUCGCGUCUUGCAUCCAUCCCGUCACUGGCAUCUCCAGCACCAUUUGCCCGCUGAUCGUCGAAGCUGGCAACUACUAUCGCCGAGCGGUAGAGCAGAGAGCUUCUUCUCCGGACCUGCAUCGUGAUUUGGAAAGACGGCUAUGCGAAUGGACACCACCAGCAAAUGCCCCGAAGCAAGCACAGCUGGCAGAGCUUGCCAACGGCUACCGUGCUGCCGGUCUGCUCAUCCUCUACCAAUCUAAGGCCAUUGACAACCCACUGACGGACUCUGAGCAAUUCUUUGUCAUGGUUAUCCUGAUGAGGGUGAUGGAGACCAUCAAGCAUCUACCAAGAAAUGACCCGUUGCAAAAUUGGCUUGGGCCCCUCAUCAUUAUCGCGGGCUCGGAACUCCCAGCGUCGUUUGCAGAUGAGAGACUUCACGUUGAAAGAGUAGCUGCGCAACUCGCCGAGUGGACGCGAGUUCCGAGUUAUUUGCAGGGCAUGGAGCUGGUGCGCACUGUCUGGGAGCUGCGGGAUUCAGGCCAAAUGAUUUCUUGGCUUGAGUUGAUGGUCCGAAAAGAAAUGUCUUUGGCAAUGGGGUAG